AUGGGGAAGGGGCUCCAUGAGUGUGUAGAGUGUGGCAAGGCCUUCACCUUCAGGUCCAAACUGUUUCUUAAUCAGCAAAUCCACACUGGGGAAAAACCCUUCAAAUGCCAAGAGUGCAACAAGGUCUUCAGUCAAAAAAAUAUCUUAAUCUCGUAUCAGGGGACAAAGAGUGGAGAAAAACCCUAUGCAUAUAUGGAGUGUAACAAAGCUUUUAAUCUGAACUCACAGCACAUUCAACACCAAGGACAGCGCACUGGGGAGAGACCCUAUCAAUGUAAGGAGUCUGGGAAAGGCUGCAUCUGUAACUCACUCCUCCAGCACUGGAAAAUUCACUCUGGAGAGAAAGCCUAUAAGUGUGAGGAAUACAGGAAGGUUUCCAAACAUAAACCUAGCAUAUAUCAACAUCAGAGGAUCCACUCUGGAGGAAAGCCAUAUCAAUGUAAGGAGUGUGACAAAGCCUUUAGCCUUAACUCCACUUUUGUUCGGCACCAAAGGAUCCACAGUAAAAAGCAACCCUAUGUGUGCAAGGAGUGUGGCAAGGCAUUCUGGGGCAAGUACCAAUACACAGCACACCAGCGAAUUCACACUGGAGAGAAACCUUAUCAGUGUAAGGAAUGUGGGAAAGCUUUUACUUUCAACUCCAGUUUUAUACAUCACCAAAGGAUACACACUGGGGAGCGACCCUAUGUGUGUAAGGAGUGUGGCAAGGCAUUCUGGGGCAACUCCCAGUACACAGCACAUCACCGAAUUCACACUGGAGAGAAGCCUUAUCAGUGUAAGGAGUGUGGGAAAGCUUUUACCUUUAAUUCCAGUUUUAUACAUCACCGAAGGAUCCACACUGGGGAGCGACCCUAUGUAUGCAAAGAGUGUGGCAAAGCUUUUCGUGUGAACUCACAGCUCAAUAAUCAUCAAUUGCUACACACUGGAGAGAGACCCUACCAAUGUCCAGAGUGUGGGAAGAGCUUCACCCGGAAUUCAAACCUUGUCCAGCAUCAGAAAAUUCACUCUGGAGAGAAAAACUAUCAAUGUAAGGAGUGUGGGAAGGCCUUUAGGCAGAAAAGCAAUUUAAAUCGACAUCAACGAAUCCACCCUUGCAAGACAAAUUUCAAAGAGAGUUCAGGAUUAGAGCAGCACCAGAGACUCCAUGAUAGGGAAGGACGCUAUGAAUGUAAGGAUUGUGGGAAAGUCUUUAUUCGGAAUUCAAAUUUUAUUCGCCAUCAGAGUAUUCACUCACGAGAGAAACUUUUAAAUGAAGUUGUUGGUUCCUGUUUCCCACAAGUGCAGGUUACUAGGCCCUCCCCUUCUUUGCCUGGUCAUAUCAAUCCAGCCCUCUGUCUUGCCACUCCCCAGGGGGCUCCCUCUGUGCCAGCCAGUUCUUUUUCCCCACUGUCUGUACCACACACCCUUUCACUUUCUACCUCAGAGCCCUUACUCUUUCUCCUCCCCCAGAUGCCCUCUCCUCUUCUCUCCCCCUUUCUGUGAUCUCUUUCCUUGACUUACAUAGGCCCUUUGAAGUUUGCAACUUUGAUACUGCCUUUUGCACUCAGUCUUACACACACCCUC